UUGAAUGGAUGAUUUUGGCAACCAUCAUAGCUAACUGUAUCGUCCUGGCUCUGGAACAGCAUUUACCUGAGAAUGACAAAACUCCUCUUUCUGAGAGACUGGAUGAUACAGAGCCCUACUUCAUAGCCAUCUUCUGUUUUGAGUCAGGUAUAAAGAUUCUGGCUCUGGGCUUUGCCCUCCAUAAGGGCUCCUACCUGAGGAAUGGAUGGAACGCUAUGGACUUUGUAGUAGUGCUCACUGGUAUCUUGUCGGCGGUUGGCUCCGAAUUUGACCUGCGGACACUGAGAGCAGUCAGGGUUCUGCGACCACUUAAGUUGGUGUCAGGGAUUCCCAGCCUGCAGGUGGUACUCAAGUCCAUCAUGAAGGCUAUGAUCCCCCUGCUGCAGAUCGGACUGCUUCUCUUUGUGGCCAUUCUGAUGUUCGCCAUCAUCGGCCUUGAGUUCUAUAUGGGAAAGUUCCACACCACCUGUUUCGACAUCGCCACUGAUGAGAUUUAUGAUGAGUUGCCAUGCGGUACAGAGUUACCGUCCAGAUUGUGUCCUAAUGGGACCACGUGUAAAGGCUAUUGGCUGGGGCCCAACUAUGGGAUCACCCAAUUCGACAACAUUCUCUUUGCUGUCCUCACUGUAUUCCAAUGUAUCACCAUGGAGGGUUGGACCGAUAUGUUAUACUAUAGUAAUAAUGUAGAGGGAAGUGCCUGGAACUGGAUGUACUACAUCCCCCUCAUCAUCAUCGGGUCCUUCUUCAUGUUAAAUCUGGUGCUGGGCGUCCUCUCAGGAGAGUUUGCCAAAGAGAGAGAGCGAGUAGAGAACCGUGCAGAGUUCCUCAAAUUGAGACGCCAGCAGCAAAUAGAGAGAGAGCUAAACGGAUAUCUAGAAUGGAUCUGUAAAGCAGAGGAGGUCCUUCUGAAUGAGGAUGGUACCAUUUUUACCGGUACCGUCAAGACCAAGAACAAGAAAGAGCUUCUGAAUCCAGAGGAGGGGGAAGACGGUGGAGCUAAUGGAGACCCGUUUGGCCGAGGUGGUCUACAGGAUGGGUCCAACUACAAUAGGAACGAGCGGCGGAUCCGGUUCUUCAUCCGUAAGAUGGUGAAGACUCAGGCCUUCUACUGGACCGUCCUGAGUCUGGUGGGCCUCAACACCAUGUGUGUGGCGGUGGUACACUAUGAACAGCCUGAGAUCCUCUCCGACUUUCUCUUCUAUGCAGAGUUUAUAUUCCUGGGUCUGUUCAUGUCAGAGAUGUGUAUUAAGAUGUAUGGCUUGGGGACUAGGCCCUACUUCAACUCCUCCUUCAACUGCUUUGACUGUGUUGUGAUCGUGGGCAGUAUAUUUGAGGUGAUAUACGCGGUCAUUAAGCCAGGGACAUCGUUUGGCAUCAGUGUGUUAAGAGCCCUCCGACUGCUCAGGAUCUUCAAAGUCACCAAGUACUGGGCCCCUCUACGUAACUUGGUGGUAUCAUUACUCAACUCUAUGAAGUCCAUCAUCAGUUUGCUCUUCCUCCUCUUCCUCUUCAUUGUCGUCUUUGCCCUUUUGGGCAUGCAGCUCUUCGGUGGACAGUUCAACUUUGAAGGUGGCACACCGGCCACCAACUUUGACACCUUUCCUGCAGCUAUAAUGACAGUAUUUCAGAUCCUGACGGGUGAAGACUGGAACAUGGUGAUGUAUGAUGGGAUCAAGUCUCAGGGAGGAGUAAACAGUGGAAUGGCCUACUCCGUCUUCUUCAUAGUGCUCACACUCUUCGGCAACUACACCCUGCUGAAUGUGUUCUUAGCUAUCGCCGUGGACAAUCUGGCCAAUGCUCAGGAGUUGACCAAGGAUGAGGAGGAGCAAGAAGAGGCAGCUAAUGCCAAGACAACCCUGCAGAAGGCCAAGGAGGUGGCUGAAGUUAGUCCUCUGUCUGCCGCUAACCUCUCCAUCGCUGCAGUGACAGUAAUAAAAACUGAGCGUAUCGAUGCCACAGGGAAUGUGCUUGACUGUAAGGAGCAGCAGAAGAAUAAUAAGGCUGGUGGUAAAUCCGUGUGGGAACAGAGGACCAGUGAGAUAAGGAGACAGAACCUGAUGACCAGCAGAGAGGCCCUGUACAACGAGAUGGACACGGAGGACUGGAAGGUCAGGGGAGAGGGGGAGGGAGAGGUGUCGUACCCCCAUCGUGCUGGGGACAUGAAGACCCACCUGGACCGUCCGCUGGUGGUCAACCCCCAGGACAACCGCAACAACAACACCAACAAGACCCGGCCCGGAGAGCCCCCUCUAGACCCGCAGGACACCCUGGGCCAGCAGAGGGCUGAAGAAUACAUCAGACGCCAGGCCUGCUACCAUCAGAGGAACAGGGGGGGUCAACCAAGGGGAGGUAGUGGCCCAGAGAGAGAGGCCCGUCUGGGGCACGGGGGGAGCAGAUUGUCCCUGCAGACGCUGGAGGGUAUUGAAGAAAGAAGGGAACAUGGAAGGAGAUGUAGGCAUAAAGAAGGGAAGGAGGGGAGGAGUGUGUCACCGCAUUAUAGCGAGGGAGGAGUGGGGGAUGAGGGGGGUGAGGUAGAGGGGGAGGGGAGGAGGCCAAGGCGUCAUCGGCAUGGAGAGAGGAGCCGACAGCAUCGAGUUAGAAAAGACCACCACUGCAGUGGCCCCAACCUCUCCACCGCUCGGCCCAUCCUCAGACAGGACAGUCAGUACAGGGAAGACCUAGACAACCUCCUCAACAACAGCAAACUACACGACCACACCCUCCACCCGCUGCCCCCAGACCACCCUGACCUUGUGAAUAACCUCCUGAACCGCAGUGUGACAGCAGACACACACCACCAUAGUAUGGACAGUCUAAUUCUGACCAGUAUGGCCAAGCCGGCUCAUACAGUCGUGGAUAUGAUGCCUCCUGUCUAUCCAUAUCCCUCCACCAAUGCCAUCCUGCAAGUGAACAAGAAUGCUAACACAGACCAGAAAAAGAAGGAUGAGGAGAAGAAGGAGGAAGAGGAGGAUGAAGGGGGCGAUGAAGAUGGUCCCAAACCAAUGCCCCCGUUCAGCUCCUGUUUCAUACUGUCCACCACCAACCCGUUCCGUAGGUGCUGCCACUACAUCCUGACCAGGAAGUACUUUGAGUUCAGUAUCCUGUCUGUGAUCGCAAUGAGCAGCAUCGCCCUGGCUGCAGAGGACCCUGUCUGGCCUGAGUCACCAAGCAACCAAGUGCUGAAAUACUUUGACUAUGUCUUCACGGGUGUCUUCACGUUUGAGAUGUUGAUCAAGAUGGUGGUACUAGGCCUGUUCUUACAUCAGGGUUCAUACUUCAGGGACCUGUGGAACAUCCUGGACUUUAUAGUGGUUAGUGGUGCUCUGGUGGCCUUCGCCUUCACGUAAGUGUCCCCCCCCCUCAGCUCUGU